AUUUAAUAAUUUGUUGGUCAACAGCCCCAUAUCAAAUUGGUUGUGGUUGCACAGCGAAAGUCGACGAUCGAUGACUCGGCUUACUGCAGCACUCUUCCGGACCGGAUUCACAGCCACAGCUCGAGGAUUGUCGAAGGCUGCUUCAAUCCGAUCAGUAGCACAUCAGAACAGCCAUCUCCUCAGUAGAAGGGAAACAAGACCACUACACUCAAGCCCAACGAUAAGUUUCAAGAUGAGAAUCGUUCCGGUACCAGUAAGGGAAGACAAUUACUCGUACCUGAUCAUAGACGAAAAAACCAACUCGGCAGCAGUUGUCGAUCCGUGUGAACCCAAGGACAUCAUCAAAGCAGCCAAAGCUGAAAACGUCACGCUUUCGGGCACCAUCCUGACCACUCACCACCAUGAAGACCAUUCAGGAGGCAACCUCGAACUCAUCUCAUUCUUACAAGAAAACGACACAUCCAAAGACAAAGUGAAAGUCUAUGGAGGCAGCAAGAAGAUUCCAGGCUUGACGAACUUGGUCGAACACAAGUCAAAUUUCAAAUUGGGCUUAGGAGAGAAGGCAGGCGAGAAUGAUGGGGGUGGGAUCGAAGUGAGUUGCUUAGCCACCCCGUGUCAUACUGGUGAUAGUAUUUGCUACUAUCUCCAGGACUCUCGUCAGGGUGGACCUGGCUGUGUUUUCACUGGUGAUACCUUGUUUGUGGCUGGCUGUGGUCGAUUCUUCGAAGGUACGCCCGAGGAGAUGGACCAAGCGUUGAACCAAAGAUUGGCUUCAUUACCUGAUGAAACGAUCACGUAUGUUGGACACGAAUAUACUAAAUCCAAUGCAGCCUUCGCCAAGUCCAUCGAGCCUAAAAAUCAGCACCUUCUUAGCUUGAUCAAAGCCUGUGAAUCGAAAGAUUUGGCGGGGAUAACAACGGGUAAAUACACGAUCGGUGACGAAAAGAAAUUUAACCCGUUUAUGAGACUCGAAGAGCCAGAUGUCGCCAGCGCUGUCGGGCUCAACUCACCAUCAAGAGUCGAAGUGAUGACCAAGUUGAGAGAACUCAAAAACUCUUUCAAAGCUUAAGGUCCUCUUAUUUCAUUUUCCCAAAAGAAAUAAAAUAAAAAAGACCGGCAUGUAUGCCAGGUUUUUGAACGAAUGUUCAUAUGUUGAUUGUAAAAUGCUCUUACCAUUGUCAUACUGACAAGCAAGUGUAUUAUCGCCAAGAAAUUGUCUGUUGAUUCACAGAGCCGAUCCAACUUUGGCGAUAAAGAAUUGGAGAAUGAGAGAGAAUAUGAGAUGGCGUUAGUAACUUAUCUUCAUCGCAGAAAAAACGCUACUCAUGUGAUGGAAAAUAUUGAUUAAUCCCGG